GAGCCCACCCACGUGGUGCCGUGUUCUAAAUAGAGCCCGCCCACGUAGUACGCGGGUGUGGGCGUUGUCGUUUGAAAUAAUGGCUGCGAGAGUGACAGAGGCGAGCAUUCAAGCCCUGGCCAAAGGUGCUAUAGAGAGCAAGGAAAACGCCAACAAUCUCGUCGACCUCCUGGACUAUCUUCAGUCUCGGCGAGCAAGAGUGGUGAAGUGGUCAUGCGGAGCGGUCGCUACGGCCUACGGGCACCUAAUCCAAGAACACUACUCGUGGCUAGUUAACUCUCCAGCUGGUAGGAAGCAGCAGGCUGGGGUCCAGGGCUCGCAGAAUGACGUGGUGGUCAAGUUUAGGGACUGGAUGAGAGAAAAUUACACCUCCUGUAAAGAGCAGCUCCUCACGCUUCUAGCACACGAGUCACGUGAUGUUCAGGAAGCAGCUCUGAAUUCUCUUCUAUUGCUGAUCAAGACUGAGGGAACUUGCCACAUUGCCACAUUUCACUCAUACUCCUUCCCAAAUUCCUUACUUCACCAGGUCACAGGUCGUCUCCUCGACGACCAAACAAACACGAGCUCUCUCAUUGGUCGGUUUGAAGACUACCUCGUUUACGAUGACAUUAGGUUUCACUGGAUGAAGAAUAUAGCGAGUGUUCUGUCUUUCAAAAAGAAACAUCAGUUGACACAGCAGCUUGCCGAGAAUUCCUUUGCUGCACUCCAACCGCUCCAUUCCCACAUGGCAACUGAUGACUCUCAACUCACAGACCUCUUUGCCGGACGACCUCCUCUACCGGAGAGAGAUGCUGGAAAAGAGGGAGAGACUGGAGAAGAGGAAGAGGAGAGUGAGAGGAGAGAAGGAGAGGAUGAGGCAGAGGAGGUAAUGGAGGAAGAUGUGGCGAAUCCUCUGAGAGCCAAAAUGUCGCGCAGUCAAGUCAGAGCUCUCGACGUGCAAACACUCCAAAAACACAGGAAGAGGUUCAGUGAUGCUUGGUUGGCAUUCCUGCGUCUCACACUCAGCUCACUACUGCACAAGAAGGUGUUGGUCCUCAUCCAUUCGGAGGUGAUGCCACACCUACUGGAACCGAGACUGCUACUGGAUUUCCUGGUGGACUCAUACGACACUGGUGGAGUGGUGAGUUUGCUGGCUCUCAAUGGACUCUUCAUUCUCAUGCACCACUACCACCUGGACUAUCCGGAUUUCUAUUCCAAACUGUACGGGUUGCUGGAGCCGUCUGUGUUCCAUGUCAAGUACAUGCCUCGAUUCUUCAGUCUUAUGGACACCUUCCUCAGUUCCACGCACUUGCCACUGUACAUGGUUGCAGCUUUCGCCAAAAAGAUAGCUCGGUUGGCUCUGAGUGCACCCCCACAAGGAGUAAUGGUGGGAGUGGUGUUUGUGACUAAUCUGCUAAAGAGACACCCAAACUGCAGAGUUCUGCUCCACCGUAGCAACACUGAUGGGGUAUCCUUGGAUAACGAUCCUUUCCUCGUGGAAGAGAGGGACCUUGCUAGGUGUCAGGCUCUGGAGAGCUGUCUCUGGGAAAUCCCAACUCUCAAGUCCCACUACUGUCCUGAGGUCUCUGUUCUCGUAUCAAAUUUGAUCAGUUCCCUCGACAAGAAAUCGGAGGAAAAUAUCGGAAAAUAUCUCGACAAAGAUUUUGACGAUAUACUUUCAACUGCAGAGACUAAGCUGUCGGACAAUGUAGACGUUCCUUUGAACCAUGAAAAACCUGCAGUAGAUUGGAGUUUCUAAUUUAGCGAAAUUUGAGAAAGAAAUUUUAUAACGCGCGUGUGGUGUGCGCGCGCGCAGUCGAUCGCGCGGACAAGAGAGGGGAGGAUGGCACACUACAAAGGAGCGGCGUCGGAGGGGAGCCGAGCGGUUAAUCUUAUGAAACAGAGAGAGAGGCAGAAGGAAGAGUUGGAGCUUCUCAAAAAGAAGAUAGCCGAAGAGCAUGGGACCACGAAGUUUGAGGUCAGUGACAAGUUUGCCACUUCUUUUGACGUGGUGGAAGAGCAGCUCAAGUCCAGUACCGCUGGAUUACUUACUCUGGAGGAGAUGAAAGAGAGACGGGAGAUUCUGGUGAAGGCUCGAGAACAGCAGGUCGCUGCGAAACUGGCCAAUAAAUCAGCAGUGUAAGUCACGAGCCAUGCAAUUCCGGAAACUAAGACGGAAUUUUAGAGGGUAUCCACUGAAGUUAGCAGCACUAUAAGUUGUUAAGCUUGCUAUUGAUCUGCACAACUGGGGAGAUGUGUUGUGUGUAUGUAUGUAUGUAUUUAGUGAGUCAGAGGCAAAAAAACAGCACAAGAGGCCAGGAGGUGGCGCACUAUCGUUUGCCAUGGAGGACGAGGAGGAUGAGGAAGAUGAAGCACCAAGUCCACCAAAACCAAAGAAGAAACGACUCGGUAAAAAUCCUGAAGUCGACACUUCGUUUCUUCCAGACAGAGACAGAGAGGUGAUCCCAGGAGGCAGAGCGUAGGGAGCGAGAGGAGCUGCGGCAAUCUUGGGUCGCCCAGCAGGAGAAGAUAAAAGCGGAGGAGAUUGAGAUCACAUACAGCUACUGGGAUGGAUCAGGGCACCGUAGACAUGUAAAGAUGAAGAAAGGCGACUCCAUUCACAGGUUCCUGGCAAAAGUAUUGGAAGGCAUUCGAAAGGAGUUCACGGAGUUGAGAGCCGUCACAGUUGACAACCUCAUGUACAUUAAAGAAGACCUGAUUAUUCCACACCAUUACUCCUUCUAUGACUUUAUCAUCAACAAGGCUAGAGGAAAGAGCGGUCCUCUGUUCUCAUUUGAUGUCCAUGAAGACGUGCGACUGGUGAAUGAUGCUUCUGUUGAAAGAGAUGAGUCCCACGCAGGGAAAGUGGUUCUUCGUACCUGGUACGAGAGAAACAAGCAUAUCUUCCCCGCCAGUCGCUGGGAGCCGUAUGACCCCGAGAAGAGCUGGGACGUCUACUCUAUUGGGGACAACAAGGAGAGAGCUAACGCGAAGUAAGGGACAGGAUUGACUGGACUUAUCAAAAACACCUCUUGAAAUUCCAUUAGUUUGUUGUAUAUUUUACUGACAUUCAUACAUGACGCACUAAGUAAUCGUUUCACUUAUCGUGUGUGUGUGUGUGCUAUUAAUCAUUGUGCUCAUUGUGUUUCUCCUUUGCCACUGAAGAGUAGAGCUGUCCGUAGAAUUCCAUACCACUGAGACAGAACCUGUAGUUUCCCUCCGCAUUCUUCCCGAGCUGCGUCAGUCUAAAGUAGCGACACGGCGUCGGAUUCGUCACGGGGAAAUAGCGCGUGGUACUCCUGCGGAAGUAGGCGCCGGAUUCCUCGGAGAGGUGGCUCCAGGUCCGUCCGUUUUGCGAUCCCUCCAUAGUCCAGUGUACCGGGGCGCCGUUGUUUCCCUCCGGGUGACAUUGGAGAACGUAGCCUGUCAGUUUCAAGAGGCGCUGCUCGCGUAAGUCAAUGUCGAACUUCGAUUCCUCUUCGUCGUCAGUACAGCAGAGGAGGUAGUCGGUCAUCUUCACGAGGAGACCCGUGUCACCGGCGUGUAGCGAGGAGGGGAUGAUGAUAAUCUUCAUGGUGUCGACCGGGGACACCCACUGGUCGUGUGGGUUGCUGCAGCGAGCUAUGUGGUCAAACACACCUCUCCUGCUGCUGGUGGCUGGGUUCAAGGGGUCAUACUGGAUGUCCACUGGUACAACCUGCUGGAGGUUCUUUUUUCUGAUGGUCCCGCUGUCUCCGUUUGUCUUCACUGCAACGCAGAGCUUCUUCUCAAUCACGCUGUUGGUGACCUUCACCAGCUCUCCUUUCUUUGCCGAUAGGUCCCCUGGGUUCUUUGCUUUUACAGAGGUGACUACUUCUGAUAUGAGGAUGUCUCCCCGCGAUCGCUGGCGGUCGAAACUCGGCC